UUAAACUGCGGCUUUCGUUCACUAUAUACGUUCUUCAAGAGCAGAAACCCUUGAACACUCGAAAUCAAAACCGCUGAUAUUUUUCAGAUAGCCAACUUCACCAAUUUCAAUCAGCUGUAAUGGCAGAAAAACCUCAACCGGUUCGGGUUUUAUACUGUGGUGUUUGCGGCUUACCCGCUGAGUACUGUGAAUUUGGUCCCGAUUUCGAAAAAUGCAAACCCUGGUUGAUCCAAAACGCACCGCAACUUUACCCAGAUCUUAUUCAAGAGUCAAAUUCGAAUGCAGCUGAUAGAGUUUCUGAUCAACUACAAUCGUCUUCAAUCACAGAUGUUACUGGACCUUCUGGUUCUUCGGUGCCAAAGCAAGAGCCAGUAAAACGACUCCCAGGAGGAAAGAUAAAAAAGAAGGACAAACAAGAAGUUAUAAUCGAGAAAGUAACACGCAACAAACGUAAAUCUAUCACCACAAUAAAAGGCCUCGAACUAUUUGGUGUUAAACUGAGUGAAGCUUCCAAGAAACUUGGAAAGAAAUUUGCUACUGGAGCUUCUGUUGUAAAGGGCCCAACUGAAAAAGAUCAAAUCGAUGUACAAGGAGACAUUGCAUAUGAUAUCGUGGAAUUCAUUACAGAUACAUGGCAUGAUGUUCCUGAAAGUGCGAUUUAUUUCAUUGAAGAUGGGAAGAAGGUUCCUGCUGUGUGAAGAAACAGCAACAGGAAUGAAGAAAAGAAAAAGUCAUGUUUGUUCGUGUUCUUGUGGGUGUAACUUUUUUUAAAAGCAAUAUUUGUAAUUUUUAUACAUCAUUUGAUUUGGCCCACGAAUCAAGUUUUGGAUUUGAGAGUUGAAAUGUGUUUUAAGAAAUAGUAAAAGAUCCGAUUAUGACUUUUCAA